AUGUCGGAAACUUCCCGGAACACGGGGUUUCCCAAGCUGAAUCGGAAGUAUUCAAUGAUGAUGUUCGCAUUAGUACCUGAUUGUUCUCCUCAUUCCGUGGCGCAGUACUAUCGCCCACCUCCUCGCUCACAAUCCCUCGUCAAAUUUCUCUACACUCCGCACUUGGCCAACCUGAUGAAUUCGGGAAGCCCGGAAGACAUCUAUGCGGAACAGCUUUUCCGCUGCCGGCAGGGCUAUCCUCUAUGGGUUCCAGAGCCCAGCGAGUACGGCGAAGUGGAGAUUGGAGAUGUCGGUUAUAUCGAUAGGGGAGGCUUCUUGCGCAUGUUCAAUGCUAUGUGUGACGCAAAGGAUCCUAAACACAAAGAGUAUGGCGUCCCGGCGGGCUUUGCCAAGUUUGAGGCGAAAGAUUUCGGGAAGCAACGCAGGGAGAAUGCAAUAUCGGCUGGAGCCUUGUGGAGUCUCGGCUUCCAACAAGUGGAUGUCAGUGCAGAAGUCGGAUCACAUGGAGUAGGAUUGGGAUUUCAUUUUGAAUGCAACGAGGAUCAAGGCGCACUCUUAAUUUUGAAGCAUGACGCGGCUAGGGAGAGUCUCAAAAGUGUGCGGAAGAUAAGUGACUACAUGAAGGCCAAUAUUCAAAGUUGGUAUGCUUUCGCUACAGACGUUCUGCAACUCGAUAUCGAUCUUGAGGAUAUUCUCUUUAUCUAUGGCUUUGUGAAGACGACCCAGUGGGCGGUGUCGUCUGUGCUCAAUGGAGGGAAGAAGACGAAAAUCUCCUUCAAUGGCAACUUCACUUUACCCGCAGAAGUUUCGUUCACUCUAUCAGCCGGGAGAACAGAGAGUACACUUGCGAAUUGUGCACAUCGUGCAGGUCCCAGACGAUCUAGCGAUCAGCCACAUCGUACGCAAUCUGGCGGACGAAAGCGGAAGGGAGGCCCAAAUACUAAGAUGGAUGGUGGAGCUUCUACUGUGGUUGACAGUGAUCAUAAUCCUGAAGUCGGACCUCUCAAGGCAGACCAGUGUAUCUUCCUACACUAUUACAAGAUGAAGAAACGUUUGCGUGGUUUCAGAUCUCCUGCUGUAAUUAAAGCUGCGGCAGAACCACAGGAUCCAUCCUUAGGGCCAGAUGAUGAUAAUGAUAAUGAUGGGUAUGUUGUGGAACAAGGUCCAGCACCACAGAAGUCAUAUGACCCUGUCAAAUUCGUCCUAGACUAUAUUCUUGAGUUCCAACCGGAAGUGGAGACUGCAAUUGCUAGUGAUCAUGAUAUUGUGCAAUUGUGUAAGGGCAUUGAGAUCCCCGAAGAUAUUCCUGCCUUCUUGAAGAGCAUCCAGCCACCGAUUGAAGUCACAGCGGAUGGAUUCGGCAUGCUGGCCUUUGACGACGACAAUUUUAACGAGGAAACUGAACACACACGGACUGUUGAGUCGCUGACGCCUACGAAUGGUGCAUCUACUAGUGGUGCCAACCCGUCACAAGAACAUGCGGCUGGACUGCCUACAGUGCAUCAGGAUGAUACCCAGUACGAUUCUGGUGAUAUGAGGUGGAGGACCGCGCGCACCAGGAUGGGGCCAGAGGAUGAUACUUUGUUACCGCCGCCACAUGAAAAUCCGAGGGGAUGUGUAUAUGCUUUGGCUUACUCUUCAGAUAGUCGAUUCGUGGCCGCCGGAUUCGAGGACGACGAAUCCACUAUCAUCAUCUGGAAUACAACUUCUCGUCAAUCGCAUCAGGUAUUGCAAGCCGGUGAAGGGGAGAUCUAUGCGCUUGCGUUUUCUCCCAAUGGCGAGGAAUUGGCCGCUGCCUCCUUCGGUGGGACAGUAAUCAUCUGGAACGUAAUGAAUGGAAUGCGGUCUGAACGGCUAGGCCACGAUGAGUUUGUAAAUUCGAUCGCCUAUUCAUCAGACGGAAAGACUCUGGUCUCUGCUUCCGGCGACUUCAUUGUUAGACUUUGGGAUAUACCUGCCGGCAGCUUGCGCGCUGCUACCCAGAAGCAUGAUUCGAUGAUCCUUUCUCUCGCAGUUUCUCCCAAUGGAUCACGUUUCGCAACUAGCACAGACUCCUUCGCGCAUAUCUUCGACAUGAAGGACGGCUCACUCCUGCACAGACUCGGCAGUCACGAUGGCCUGAUAAACUCCAUCGCGUUCUCCCCUGACAGCCGUCGUCUCGCCACCGCGUCUGACGACCAAUCUGUGCGUAUCUGGGGCGUCGCAACGGGACAGAAUUUCAUGAUUCUGUGCGAGUACGUUUGUCCGGUUUUGUCGGCGGCGUUUUCAGGCGACGGGAAACAGAUCCUGGCGAUCACGAGCGAGGGGGACACUAAAAUAUGCGACUCGUUCAGCGGAGAUCUACUGGCAACGAUUGAGAGUGGUACCAUUGAGAGUGGGCUUGUCAACACCGCUCUUUUCUCACCGGACGCUUCACUUGUUGCUGCUGGGGCAACCUGUUCGGUCUACAUCUGGGACACGAAAAUACAAAAGCGCCUUGCAAGGUUGACGGGUCAUUCUGACAAUGUGACUCGCAUGUGCUUCUCACCAGACAAUAAGCAGCUUGUCACUACGGCAGACGACAGCACAAUCAAACUUUUUGAAUUUGCAGCCAGGUCCGCAGAAGACCACAUGGAAAGGAUGUUCGCAGAAGUCACACUAUAA